UUUCAACUACUACAUUUCAUCCCAAUGCCCCGGCAACAAUGCUUUUGAAGCGUAUAGCAGAUAAACUACCUUCGGAGCUUGCAUCUCUCAUCCCAGAACUGGAGUCUGCUGGAAUCAAGACCACAGAGUCGAUCAUCUUCACUCAUCAACCAACUAUCAUCUCGUCAAUUUCGACACUUAAUUACCAACAGCUCGAAGCUUUAGUAUCGUAUUGCAUUCGACUGACAGCGGGAAAAAGCCAGAUAGCCAGCGAUAUCGACAAUUACGAAGUUACUGGUCCUUGGCUAGGAUUCGGCGUCAAAGGAUUAGAUGAAUUAUUAGAUGGCUGGGAAGGAGUGGGCGUACUGGAGAUCGCCGGCCCUCGUAAGGUUGGGAAGUCGCUUUUGGCUUUACAUGCGGCAUUGAAUGUACUAAUUGACAAUCCAGAAGCUAUCUGCACUUGGAUGGAUACGGAGGGUACAUUCGCCCCUGAAAGAGCUGGGAAAGUUCUAGAAGCUUGGAAGAUCGAAAACGCAACGAGCGUCUUGAGUAGGAUUAUGGUUGUGCCAUGCUUCAAGCUAGACGACAUGUAUGAGACACUUGGACGGUUGAAAGAGAAGGCGAUUAGCCAGGCUGAUGAACGGCGGACCAAAAUCCUGAUCAUUGACAACAUCUUCACCCAUUUCAAAGACAGGUUGACCAACACCUCAGCGCAAGGUCACGCCGAGCUGGUCACAGUCAUGGAGGAUGUGGCAGAUAUCACCUAUUCACAAAACAUUGUCUCCAUUGUAAUAAACUCAACAGUAACUUCUAUACCCACGAACCCUCUCUCACGGUUUAACAAACUCAACAUCAAACCUGCUCUUGGCUCAUCAUUUACGUAUACCACAGAUGCAACGCUGCUAGUUCAAGAAACAGGCAAAGUCUUCGGCAUGUUGGAUGAAGAAGAAAGAGAAAGAAUCAAAAAAGCCCCGGGGUUGAGAGGAUCUGUCGAGAUUGUAAGGAGUCGAAUCUCGCAGACGGGAGGAUGGGCUGUCUUUGAAACUAACGGCACCAAGCUAUAUGACGUUGUAGCACCUUCAAAUGCCCCAGAGUACCCUUGCGGCGUACCACGCCCCGCAACGGGUCCUCUAAGAAAUACAAUGAUACCGUAACAAGCGCCCUCACAAAUUAAGUCCUUUUGUUGUACAGUUACAGCUACACAUCUAUUCGCAUGAAACAUUCCGAGUGCCGUGCAGUGACCAGACUUGAGCCAAGAAUGCAGUGCUGAACAACAGGCCGAAGCCCGCCUUUGUUUAUGGGGACUAAAAUAACUGGUUGUUCUGGUGCCAUCUCGGCGGUUAUUACUGCCGACGCAUACGCACACUGCGGCCUUUGACCGCGGCUGCUGGGCCUUGACAGGAGACCAUGCUUGCCUGG